GAUCCAUGAGAAACGGGAGCGAGAAGGAGAAGGAUAAUAUCUACAGUGACAAAAACAGGGAAGUUUCUUCUAUCUCUUGUAUUCCGGCAACGGGCGACGAUUACCACUACGACGUCGACAACGAGAACAUGGCGCGCAAGAUGGAGUCUUAUACGGCCCCUAAAUGGCUGUUGAAAGAGGUGCCAAGAGGUGGCGACGAUGAAGAAUUAGAUGUGUGGGUGUCAAGGAAACAAAGGAAACAGUUUCAUGGCGGCGAGGGUGAGUAUCAGAGGCGGAGGCUGCGACAACGUGCGUUUUCUCCGGAGAGGAACGAUCCGUUUGAGUUGGUAGACAAGACCCCAGACCCGUCCAUUAGAACCUAUGCUGAUGUGAUGAUGGAGGGGGAAGAAGAGCCGUUGAAGAGGCAAAAGAGGAGGUGGGACCAAUCUCAGGAAGAUGAAGGAGGGCAGGAGAAGAAGGCCAAGACUUGUGACUGGGAUUUGCCUGAUCCAACCCCAUCAUCAUCUCUUGCAAAGAGGAGGAACAGAUGGGAUGAGACUCCCACCCCCAAAAGGCAGAGGUCGUCUCGGUGGGAUGAGACCCCCUCUGCAACUAUUAUGGGUAGUUCAACUCCAGUGGCAGCAGCAGCGUAUACACCUGGAGUAGCCACCCCUCAAGGAGGAGUUGAGCUUGCUACACCAAUACCAGGCUAUAUUAAUCUUUUAGAGCACCAUAAUUUUAAUUUACUGAUGUGGUGGGAGAGAGAUAUUGAGGACAGAAACUGUCCAUUGACUGACGAAGAUCUUGAUGCAAUGCUUCCUACUGGAGAUGAGGGGUAUAAGAUCUUGGACCCUCCGGCUUCAUAUGUCCCUAUUCGAAUGCCAGCUAGGAAACUGCUUGCCACCCCUACUCCCAUGGCCACUCCACUCUAUUACAUCCCCGAAGAGAAUCGCGGGCAGCAGUUUGAUGUUUCGAAGGAACCACCUGCCGGCUUGCCUUUCAUGAAGCCAGAGGACUACCAAUACUUUGGUUCAUUAUUGAAUGAAGAAGAUGAACAGGAAUUGUCCCCUGAAGAGCAGAAAGAGCAUAAGAUUAUGAAGCUUUUGCUUAAGAUCAAGAAUGGUACACCUCCACAGAGAAAGACAGCCUUGAGACAGCUUAAUCAUAAAGCUCGAGACGAGUUUGGUGCUGGACCAUUGUUCAACCGUAUUCUACCAUUGCUUAUGCAACCCACUUUGGAAGAUCAGGAGAGGCAUCUCUUGGUUAAGGUCAUAGAUAGAGUGCUUUACAAAUUGGAUGAAUUGGUCCGUCCUUAUGUCCACAAGAUACUCGUUGUGAUUGAGCCUUUGUUGAUUGAUGAAGACUACUUUGCCCGUGUGGAAGGCAGAGAGAUCAUUUCAAAUCUUAGUAAAGCAGCCGGUUUGGCUACCAUGAUUGCUGCAAUGCGGCCGGAUAUCGAUCACGUUGAUGAAUAUGUUAGGAACACUACCGCAAGAGCUUUCGCUGUCAUGGCCUCUGCUCUCGGUAUCCCUUCACUCUUGCCGUUCUUGAAAGCUGUCUGUCAGAGUAAGAAAUCUUGGCAAGCAAGGCACACUGGAAUCAAGAUUGUUCAGCAGAUUGCAAUUUUAACCGGCUGUUCUGUUCUUCCCAACUUAAAGUCUCUAGUGGAAAUCAUACAGCAUGGACUGAACGACGAGAAUCAGAAGGUGCGGACGAUUACUGCAUUAUCUCUUGCUUCACUUGCCGAGGCUGCUUCUCCACAUGGUAUUGAAAGUUUCGACUCGGUUUUGAAACCAAUGUGGAAGGGUAUUAGAUCACACCCCGUUAAGGUCUUGGCUGCAUUCUUGAAAGCCAUUGGUUGUAUUAUUCCACUAAUGGAUGCUGUAUACGCUAGUUACUAUACCAAGGAAGUGAUGGUUGUAUUAAUCCGAGAGUUCCAGUCACCUGAUCAAGAGAUGAAGAAAAUUGUGCUGAAAGUGGUAAAGCAAUGCGUGAGUAUAGAGGGUGUAGAGCCCGACUAUAUAAGAAAUAAUAUUCUUCCUGAAUUCUUCAGAAACUUCUGGGUUAGACGGAUGUCAUUGGAUAGAAGGAACUAUAAGCAGCUAGUGGAGACAACUGUGGAGAUGGCAAACAGAGUAGGUGUUGCCGAUAUAGUAUCAAGAAUUGUUGAGGAUCUCAAAGAUGAGAGCAAACCUUACAGGCAAAUGGUAAUGGAAUCUAUUGGACAAUCGGUCAUAAACUUGGGUGCCUCAGAUAUUGAUUCUCUUUUGGAGGAACUUCUGAUUGAUGGAAUUCUUUAUGCUUUCCAAGAGCAGAGCUGUGAUGAUGAAGCUAUCAACGUCAUGCUCAAUGGGUUUGGUGCGGUUGUGAAUUCUCUCGGGCAGAGAGUAAAACCAUACAUACCUCAGAUAUGUGGUACCAUCAAGUGGCGGUUGAAUAACAAGAGUGCUAAGGUGAGGCAACAAGCAGCUGAUCUUAUUCCAAGAAUUGCUGUUGUCAUGAAGCAGUGCCAAGAGGAACAACUGAUGGGCCAUCUUGGUGUUGUGAUGUAUGAGUAUCUGGGGGAAGAAUACCCACAAGUUUUGGGAUCAAUUUUGGGUGCGCUCAAUGCAAUUGUCGGUUGCAUUGGUAUGACGAAGAUGACACCCCCUGUAAAGGACUUGCUUCCCAGAUUGACUCCAAUUUUGAAAAAUAGGCAUGAGAAAGUACAGGAGAAGUGUAUUGAUCUUAUAGGUAGGAUUGCAGAUCGCGGUGCUGAGUUUGUUCUGGCUAGGGAGUGGAUGAGGAUCUGUUUUGAGCUUCUCGAGUUGCUCAAGGCCCAUAAGAAGGGCAUCAGGAGAGCUGCUGUAAGCACAUUUGGUUACAUUGCCAAAGCCAUUGGGCCACAAGAUGUCCUGGCAACCCUAUUAAACAAUCUUAAGGUGCAGGAGAGACAGAACCGUGUUUGCACGACCGUGGCAAUCGCAAUAGUAGCCGAAAUCUGUUUGCCUUUUGCUGUUCUACCAUAUCUGAUGAAUGAGUACAGAGUUCCAGAGCUCAACGUGCAGAACGGAGUGCUGAAAUCUCUCUCUUUUCUGUUCGAGUACAUUGGAGAAAUGGGAAAAGACUAUAUUUAUGCAGCGAUCCCAUUGCUCGAGGACGCUCUGAUGGAUAGAGAUUUGGUUCACAGACAAACAGCGGCUUGUGUGGUCAAGCACAUGGCUUUGGGGGUGGUUGGAUUGGAUUGUGAGAACGCAUUAGUACACUUGAUGAACUAUGUGUGGCCCAACAUAUUCGAGACUUCGCCGCAUGUGGUAGAUGCUAUCAUGGAAGCCAUUGAAGGGAUGAGAGUGGCUUUGGGUGCUGCUGUUAUUCUAAACUACUGUCUCCAAGGGUUGUUCCAUCCGGCCAGGAAAGUUCGAGAAGUUUACUGGAAGGUCUAUAACGCGUUGUAUAUCGGAGCCCAAUAUGCACUUGUAGCUUCUUAUCCAUGGCUGGAGGUUGAGCACAACAAAGUGCACAGUAGGCCUGAGUUGUUUAUGUUUUAGGUGCAUGUAUAUUGGUUUAUUUUUUAUUUUUUGUUUUUAUGAGAAUGUAUAUUGUUUGUCG